CUCAAUGCGUGUCAUUAAUUUCCAAAGCAGCGCGCGUUUAAUCGUCGCCAAAAACGCCGUGACGACUCUUCGACCAACUUAACGCGAUCUUUGCUUUUCUUUUCUUCUCUUCUCUUCCUCUACAGUCUUCUUUCCUCUUCUUCACAUUCGUCUCCUUUUCUACAGUGGGACUUCGUCUCCGAUUCUCCACCCCCAUUUAUUUUUCUUCGUUCCUCUCGCUUCUCACACCUCUCUCCCCAAAACCCAAAAAAUGGGGAUUUCUUUCAGCAGCAACCGAAGACGUAACAACUACUACCAACACCCGCCGCCGCCUCAGCCCCUCUACCUCUCCAAUCCUCACUACUACCCCUCCGACCCACCCUCUUUCUCUCCGCCUCCGCCGCCGCCGCCGCCUCCUCCGCCGCCGGUGACUUCUUUCUCUUCCUCCUCCUCCUCCUCUUCUUCUUCCGCCACCUACCCAGAACCCAAUUCCGCCACCCCUUACACCGCGCCGCCGCCGCCGCCGCCCAGGGCUCCAUACCAGGGCUACCCUCUUCCGCCGCCGCCGCCGCAGUCGCAUUACUGCUACGGUCAGUACAAUUCUUGCAACCACGCGAAUCCGAUGAUGGGUCGGUUCAGUUACAACCACAAUUACCAGCCUUACUAUGGUAAUCAGGCUAGUGGGUGGCCGGCGAUGCGGCCUCCGGUGGCCCCCCUUUAUCCUCCGCCGCCGUACGUGGAGCACCAGAGUGCCAAGAAGGUGAAGAAUGACGUCAACGUGCGUAAGGACACGUUGAGGCUGGAGAUUGAUGAGCAGAACCCUGAUCAGCAUUUGGUCUCGUUCGUUUUCGAUGCCUUGUAUGAUGGGAGCAUUACUAUUCUCUACUUUGCCAAGGAAGAGGCAGAUUGUACAUUUGUUCCACUAUUUCCUGAAGCAUUUACACCGGUGCAAGUCCCUUUUCAGAAAGGAGUAGGCCAGAAAUUUUGUCAGCCCUCAGGAACAGGCAUCGAUUUAGGCUUCUUUGAGUUGGAUGAUCUGUCAAAACCCUCACCUGGAGAAGAUGUAUUCCCACUUGUAAUAUCUGCGGAAACACGUACGCCGCCUGAUUCAAUCGACCAUAUUGGUGAGCCUGUCCAAGAUGCAUCUCCUCGUAUGCAGAUCACUCAAGCUGUGCUAGAAAAAAAUAAUGGUGACCCUUUCCAAGUGAAAGUAAUUAAGCAGAUACUGUGGAUUGAUGAAGUUCGCUAUGAACUACGUGAGAUAUAUGGAAUUGCAACCUCAGCAGUGGAAGGCUUUGAUGACAAUGACCCUGGGAAGGAGUGUGUAAUAUGCAUGACCGAACCGAAGGACACUGCUGUAUUACCUUGUCGACAUAUGUGUAUGUGCAGUGACUGUGCAAAAGAAUUGAGGAUUCAAUCCAAUAAAUGCCCCAUUUGCCGACAACCCAUUGAAGAACUUAUAGAGAUAAAGAUGAAUAAAAGCCAGCAAUGAACUUGUUUUCUCCAUUAUGUGGAUGUUGUGGUAUGAAUAUCAAAUAUAUUUUUUUUAUUGAUGGGCAGCUGUUGUGUAAAUGCAUUCUUUUUCUUUUGUAUAUUGUAAGUGAUCUCUUGCUUUUCUGAUUUUUUUUCAUGUCAUUUACAUAGAUGAAUCUAAUUAAUACACAAGAGAAUGAACUUUCUUAACCUCUA